AUGGAGGGAAAAUGGUCAAUCGACAAGUUAGACGGGAGCAAUUGGAGUACUUGGAAGUUUCAAAUGAAGCAUUUGCUGUUGGCGAAAGGGCUGUGGGGUUUCGUAGACGGUUCGGAAGAGCUAGCAGGGUCAGCUCCGGGAGAAACGGCGGCACAAUUUCGUUCGAAAGCGCAAAGGGCGUUCUCGACAAUUGUUUUAGCAAUUAAAUCAGCUCAGCUAUAUUUGGUUAGCUCAUGUGAUUUCCGAACGGAGAUGAAAGAAGGAACUUCUAUGGAGAAACAUUUGAAACACAUGAAGGACAUCGCGGAUAAAUUGGCAGCUAUCGGUGCACCUAUCUCUGAAGAGGAUCAAGUUGUGACUUUAUUAGGAAGUUUGCCGAGAAGUUAUGCAACUCUUGUAACCGCCUUAGAAGCCAGAGUUGAUGAUGUGAAAAUGGACUUCGUUCAACAAGCUCUUAUGCAUGAAGAAUCGAAGCAAGGACCUAAGAACGAGUCAGUUAAGAAUGA